UCGGUCCCUUCCUGUCACAUAAAAUGGGUACCCCUACCACCUUAAUAGCAUCAUAUCAUUAUCUCUCUGUCUGCUGCUCUGCUCUCCUUUGACAGUCCCAAGAAACAGCUGAAGAAGAAGACAACCUCGUUGAUUCAAUCAAGGAAUUUGAAGGAGAAGCUUGAGGAGGAGGAGAAGAAGAUGGAGAAGGUAUUCCCACCAGCAUCCUUCAGAAGCAGAACUGCCUUGCUUCUCACGUUGUUGGUCCUCUUCCUCCUCCUCAACUCCUCUUGUGCUGCUCGCCCGAACCCUGUUCUGCCCUUCUCUUCUACUGCAGAGUCUCAUAGCGGGGUGACUGAAGCAGAGGAGAGCUGUGAGGGAAGAGGGGAAGAGGAAUGCUUGAUGAGAAGAACACUAGCAGCUCAUAUCGACUACAUCUACACCCAGAAGCAUAAGAAUUAACAAUUUCUUUGUUCGGACGAAUUCAUGAUAUCACUCACCUUCAGGUUAUUAUGAUAAGAGAUUAAGCUCGUAUUGUCAGGUCGAUUAGAGGAUCGGUUUUUUUUUUUUUUUCCCCUUCUUUUUUUCCUGAAUUGGUUGUUGUCGUUCGAUAGGAAAUUUCUCUUCUGCUUUCUCUGUUGUGAUCGUGCUAGGAAUGUUGAAGAUUCAUAUGUAGUGAUGCAUCUAAUGUAAUGAAAAUUGACAUGGUAAGAUGUUACAUUCGAUUUACGCGUU